GAAGUAAAUACCGCGGCUCAGGAAAAGUGGUUGCUCGCGUGGGGCAUGUGCAAGGUUCUUUGAUUGUAAACCGGUAAGAAAGAAAAAUGGCAUGAUCCCUUGCAAGUGUGGCAAAUUCGAAUCAGUCUGAAUCAGUCGGUGGUCCAACGUUCAAGAAAACGAUCUUAUCAGUCUUGGUUUAACUAACCGGGAUUCCGAGGGCUGGAGGGUGGGUUAACAUUCUCACUGUGAUUUUCAAUUUUCGUUACUUUCAAAAACCAUUUUACAUUUAUUCACUGGACAAUUUUUGUGUCAAUAUCAACUCUUACAUCUAGGAAUUUCAUUGUUUAGGGCCAUAAUCAAAAAAGUACCAAAAUAUAUCAAAAUGUUGGGCGUUGUUGAGUAUUGGCGUGAUCUCAUAUACAACAAAAAUGAUCCCAGAACAAAAGAUUGGUUUCUCGUAACUGGUCCAGGGCCCUUAUUAAUGAUAGUUGUCACCUACGUUUAUUUCAGUACCUCCGCUGGUCCAAAGUAUAUGAGGGAUAAAAAACCAUACACUUUGAGGAACACAUUAAUUAUUUAUAAUUUCAUUCAAGUUCUUCUGAGCAUCUACCUAGUUUAUGAAGGACUUAUGGCUGGAUGGUGGAAUGAUUACAGUUUCCGUUGUCAACCAGUAGAUUAUUCUAAUAAUCCCAAAUCCUUGAGGAUGGCAAAAGGAGUCUAUACAUAUUUUAUUUGUAAAUUGAUAGAACUUUUGGACACAGUUUUCUUCGUAUUUAGAAAGAAACAACGUCAAAUUUCUUUUCUACAUGUUUAUCAUCACGCAAUGAUGCCAAUUUGUGCUUGGAUUGGUGUUCGAUAUGUACCAGGUGGUCAGUCAACUCUUCUUGGUGUCAUCAAUUCUUUCAUCCACGUCAUCAUGUACACAUACUACAUGCUUUCAGCGUUUGGUCCGGAGAUCCAAAAAUAUCUCUGGUGGAAGAGAUACUUAACAUUUCUACAGUUAGUACAGUUUUCCAUCAUCCUUGUUCACAAUGGACAAGUUCUUUUCACAGACUGCAAUUAUCCUAAGGUUUUAUCCUUCCUUCUUACUGUCAACGCCGCUCUAUUCAUCUAUCUCUUCGGCUCUUUUUACAUAAAGACUUAUACAAAAAAAUAUCAAUCACGUAAAUAUGAGAAAAUUAGUAAUGACAAUGUACAAUUCAAUGAAUCUCUCAGGACAAAAUCUAAAUAAGAAGAGUUUUUGAAACAAAUAAGUAAUAAAAAACACACAUAGCACGUAAAACGUCUGCAAUGUUAUAUAGCGUAUAUAUAUGUAUAAUCGUGCCGAGAAAUAUUGCUCUAAGAUUACAGUUUAAUAUUGACACCACAUCAAAUGGAAACAACGCAGCAAAUUAUUAAAAGUUUGUUUAUUUCUUUACUCUGCACUAUGUCGCAGAGUAUUUUGCCAUAGCAUCGAAAAUGCCCAAUAGAUUUCAAUGUACAUUUUGAAUAAAAAACUUUCUCAACUAUGUCACGCAAUUUUCCUCAAGCUUGCGACAACAUUGCAUUUCGUUUUACGAAAAGAUUCCGGCAACAAUGUACUUCUAAUUUGCUAAGUAAUAAUAUUGUGCUAUAUCCGGUAACUUUACGUGCUAUUUGAAAAGUAUUACGGUGCAAUAAGAAUGUAAUUAAAAUGAGAAACGUACGUAAUUUAAGAAUGAUGAAAAAUUACUGUGACGAGAUUAUGUUAAAUGAAUAAUUGUUAAAAUAAGGAGAAAAAUAAAACGCUUUAUGUAAAUUAA